CACACACACACUCACACACACACACACUCACACACACAUACUCAAGAUCGUUUACACGUCUGCUUUAAAAUUACAACGUUUACAGUUCGCAUCAUUUUAUGCCAUGAUUGUUGUUCACUACUCUGCUUUAGAUGAGACUGUACUAAUAUAAAUAUUUGAGUGUUUUACUGAAGUGUGUGUGUGUGUGUGUGUGCGCAUGCGCGAGCUCCUGUCAGACUCACCGGACGCACAGAAUAUUCACUUUCCUCAAUUUUUAAUGGAUAAUUAAUUAUUUACUUAUGAAAAUAUUUGAUAAUUCGUACGAUUUGUUACAGUUAUGAUCAUUUAAAGUGCUGUGACUGAGGCAUAUUCAUUAUCACAUUAAGAAUGUUGGCUGAAUCUGUAGGGGGCGUGGCUUUAAGAAACACCCUGAUGAUGUCAUGCAGUGAACUAGCGCUCAUCUUCUGACCCCACCCACAUCUCCUUCUACUAUGAGCAGUGUCUCGUUGGCCAAUGAGAGCCGGAGUUUUGAUGAUGAGGGCGGGGAUGUUGUUUUAUUACAUGGCCACACCCCCAUCAACGCCCCUCCUCCGGCUCCUCCUCUUCCUCCACCCCCGCCUGUGGAAAACUCUGCAGAGAGGAAGAGGAGGGUGAGGAGCUUCUAUUGGAAACCGAUUCCUGAAGAUCGUGUCAAACAGCAUGACGGGCCGAACCUGUGGACUCUCGGACGGCACAGCAGGGAGCCGGCGUUCCACAUCGACAUCAGAGCCAUCGAGGAGCUGUUCGGACAACACGAGGACACUCCGAUUCCCACUGCGACCGGCGGGAAGACUGUCGGACGAGGACACGCUUCUGUGAGAGCUCUCAGACAGCAGAUCAGCAUCCUGGACUCCAAGAGAAGCUUGAAUAUCGCCAUUUUCCUUAAACACUUCAAAAGAUCCAGUGAGAGUCUUCUGGACAAUAUUCUUCAUGGAAACACGGGCGUCUUCAGUGUGGAGUCUCUCCGAGAGUUGCUGAAGCUCCUGCCGGAGGAGGAUGAGGUGAAGAACCUACAGGCGUUCAGCGGGAACCCCAAAGACCUGCCGCCGCCUGAUGCCUUCAUACACCAGCUCAUACAUUUACCCAGGUAUGAGGUGCGUCUCAAGGCUCUGCUGCUUAAGGAAGAGUUUUUCCCUUCAUACACAACCAUGAAGCACGACAUCGCCAUCAUCCUGACCGCCAUUAACGAGCUGUUGAACUGUGAGGAGCUUCACAAUGUCCUUCAUUUAGUGCUGCAAGCUGGGAACAUCAUGAAUGCUGGUGGGUCUGCCGGUAAUGUCGUGGGCUUCAAACUCUCCUCUCUUCUGUCACUGGCCGAUACUAAAGCCAACAAACCUGGAAUGAACCUGCUGCACUUUGUCGCUCUGGAGGCUCAGAAGAAAGAUCUGCUCAUGUUUCCAGAGAAACUUCUGCAUGUUCAGCAAGCGGCUCGAGUGUGUGUUGACAGCAUCCAUGCAGAGUUUCAUUCUCUGAGCGGAAGAGUUGAUGAUUUAGAGCAGCACAUCCACACAGAUGAUGAGCUCCUGACGCAGCUGCAGUCCUUCCUGAAGAGCGCUGCUGAAGCUCUGGAGGAUUUGAGGAUCAGGACUGAUGAGCUUCAGAGGGAAGGAGACGCUCUGAUCGAUUUCUUCUGCGAAGACAAAGACAUCUUCAAACUGGAUGAGUGCUUCAGAAUUUUCCAGAAUUUCUGCUCCAAAUUCAAAAAAGCUGUUCAGGAGAACGUGGAGCGAGGAAUGUGGGAGGAGUCUCGGCACAAGCGUCUGAGGGAGUCGGAGGACAAGCGUCACUCGUGGGCGGGGCACGAGGGUGUGGGCGGGGUCUUCGGGUUGCGGUCCAAUAGUGAAGCAGACAUGGCGUUAAAGAGGGAGGGGCUUCUGGAGCUGCUGACGACGAGCCCUCACAGUUCGCCGCUGCGCUUCGGCAGUUCUCGUCGCUCACGGCAACAGAAGAACAUGACCUUUGACCCCUGUGGAGCUGAUGUACUUCCUCCUAUACACUCGCUCUCCAUUGCGCACAACAGCAUCAUGACAGAAGAGCCAGAGAUACAAAACAAGAGCCUUUCCAUAGAGGAAUUGCAGAAUAACGAGCAAACACAAUACAGAAAUACAGAAGUGACUCCAAAUGUGACCUUUGACCCAUCUCAAACAGAUUUAGAGGUGAUGAAUGACAAUCAUAAAGAAUCAGAGAACACAACUAAAGAUAACGUCAAGCCUACACGUGAAAACGCCGAAGCAACACGAUCGAUCCAAACAAACAGCAAACGCCCUGUCGGCUCUAAAAACAGACCAUCACCUUCAUCUUCCACUAAACCAUCUUCAUCAUCAUCAUCAUCAAGUUUGAGGAAAGUUGUUCCUCUCAGGACGCAGAUUCCCGCCAAGAAAACACAAGCGGUUCGGCCACCGUCACAAGAGAAGAUGUGUCGCGCUACACUAGACCGCCGCAGCCCUCGAACUUCUGCACGCGACUCCACCAUCAAACCUCCCGGCUUUGCUUGCAACACCGUGGCGUCCACAACACGCAAUGCCGUCGCUCCUGGAAACCAGCCAAAGGCUGCACCAAAACCGUCUCCGGGGACGCAGACGCCGCCGCUCAGGCUCUCGCACACUCCUGCUGGCCGUCUGAGGAAGAGCAGCUCCGCCAUCUCGGAAAACUCUGUGUUCAUUCGUGGGUCACGUGAUAAAACUGUCAAACCCGUCUGGAGGUAGAGAGAGGGGGAAGAAUAGCGCUAAUGCUAGCUUUAGUUAGAUAGACAGUUCCAGGAAAAUUAGUCUUUCAGCUCAUAAACUAGCGGUCAAAAGUUUGAGUCUCUUCUGCUCAUCAAGGCUGCAUUUAUUUGAUCAAAAAUACAGUAAAAAUGUGAAAUAAUAUUACAAGGUGAAAUAACUGUUUUCUAUGUGAAUAUAUAGUAAAGUGUAAUUUAUUCCUGUGAUCAAAGCUGAAUUUUCAGCAUCAUUACUCCAGUCUUCAGUGUCACAUGAUCCUUCAGAAAUCAUUCUAAUAUGAUGAUUUGCUGCUCAAGAAACAUUUAUAAUUAUUAUCAAUGAUGAAAACAGUCCAUAUUUUUGUGGAAACUGUGAUAAAUUUUAUUUUUCAGGAUUCUUUGAUGAAUAGAAAGUUCAAAAGAACAGCAUUUAUUUGAAAUAGAACUUUUUGUAACAUUAUAAAUGUAUUUAGUGUUAUUUUUGAUCAAUUUAAUGCGUCCUUGAUGAAUAGAAGUAUUAAUUUCUUUCAUAAAAAUAAAUGUAUAGAAUCUUACUUACCCCAAACUUUUAAUCAAUGAUCAUUUUUAGUAAAAAUCCUUGCAUAUUUGUGUAUAAUUUAUUACAAUAAUAAAUAUAUUUAUUAUUAUUAUUAUUAUUACAUAAUUUUCUCUUUAAAUGUAGGUUUGCUCAUAAUUAAUAACUGAUUGAUAUAUUGCAUUGAAAAAUGUAUACAUUGGAAUUUGAAACCUGAACUUUUGAGAUGGGACAAUUUACACGAUUUCAUAUAUAUUUUAUGCAAAGCAAAUAUAUAUUUAUUAAUAAACUGUCCAUCUGUGAUGUAUUUGUGGAAACAUUUUGAUGCAGCAUGUGUAUAUUCACCUUCAAUUGUGCUAAAAUACCACAGUAUUUUCAUAGAAACAAUCCAAACAUUGAUAUACAGUAUCAUUACCACAACAUUACUAUAAUAUUGCCAUAACUUUAAUCCAGCAACAUUACUGGAUUAUUACAUUAAGUGCUGCAGAAACAUCAAUUUCUUUUAUUUGUUCAGCAGAUGCUUUUAUUCAGAACAACUUUCUUGGAUCACAACUGGAUGACUUUUGUCAUUGGACAAAAACUGAAGCUAAAAUACAUUGUCAUGCCCCCAAAACUAACCAGCAUAAAAUAAAAAUUAAGCAUAAAUGAAAAAAAGUUAAGCAACUUUUUCUGUUCUGAUAUACAGUAAAUAUAAGAAUUGAAGCCUUUAAUAUCAUUAAAUAUGAAACACGAUACUGUUAA